UCUGUGGCUGUGCUAAAGCUGUGAGUGUGUGAAGUCUGUGAGCAGCGAUGCUUGGAUACAGCUGGCAGCCCUGACUCCAGCCCAAUACAUACACAAAUCAGGCUGCUUUGAUCAGGAGGCGCAAUUGUGGAGAGAAAUUUAGGCUCCGUGUGAGUACAAGGGCUAUACCCCCUUACCCUGUGCCAGAGAGGAAGAGUGGUGCUUUAAUCAUGAACUGAAAAUGGAUACACAGUACCAGCCAAUCAUGAAGUUUCCUGCAGGAUUCAGCAAUUCUCCUCUUCAUGCACAUUCAACGUCAGUCAGCUCCUCUAAUCUGGCAGCGAUGAAUUCUCUAGAUACGCACCCAGGAUACAUGGGAAAUUCUCUUAAUGGCCCCAGGUCUAUGACAACAAAUAUGAAUUCUAUGUGCUCUCCAGGCAACAACAUCGGCCCUCCAUACAGAGUGAUUGCAUCUUCCAUGGGACCACACUCCCUGCCUUCUCCAACAAUCCUCAAUUACCCUGGCCAUGAGAGUCCACCAUUUAACAUCCUGAACAAUGUAAGCUGCUCGGAAGACAUAAAGCCUCCACCAGGUCUAAGCAGCCUUGGGAGUCCAUGCAUGAACAAUUAUUCCUGCAACAGCCCAGGGGCAUUAACCAAACACAUCUGUGCCAUCUGUGGGGACAGGUCCUCAGGCAAACAUUAUGGGGUGUACAGUUGUGAAGGAUGCAAAGGUUUUUUCAAACGCACAAUAAGGAAAGAUUUGGUUUACACAUGUCGAGACAGCAAAGACUGCUUGAUUGAUAAGCGUCAGCGUAAUCGCUGCCAGUAUUGCCGAUAUCAGAAGUGUCUAGCCAUGGGUAUGAAGCGGGAAGCAGUCCAAGAGGAGAGGCAAAGAAGCCGAGAGAAAAGUGAUACAGAGGCAGAAUCUACUAGCAGUACAAGUGAGGAAAUGCCAGUGGAGAGAAUUCUGGAAGCAGAGCUGGCAGUGGAUCCAAAGAUAGAAGCAUUUGGAGACGCUGGAUUGCCAAAUUCUACAAAUGACCCAGUCACCAAUAUAUGCCACGCCGCAGACAAGCAGCUCUUUACUCUGGUUGAAUGGGCGAAAAGAAUUCCAUAUUUUUCAGAUUUGCCUUUAGAAGACCAAGUCAUUCUGCUGCGAGCAGGUUGGAAUGAGUUACUGAUAGCUUCCUUCUCGCACCGCUCAGUGUCUGUGCAGGAUGGCAUUCUUCUGGCUACUGGGUUACAUGUGCACAGAAGCAGCGCACACAAUGCAGGAGUAGGCUCUAUCUUUGACAGGGUGCUAACUGAGUUGGUUUCUAAAAUGAAAGACAUGGACAUGGAUAAAUCAGAGCUGGGAUGCCUGAGAGCUAUUGUUCUGUUUAAUCCAGAUGCUAAGGGCCUGUCCAAUGCUGCAGAGGUUGAAGCACUGCGUGAAAAAGUCUAUGCCACUCUUGAAUCCUACACCAAGCAAAAGUACCCAGACCAACCAGGAAGGUUUGCAAAAUUACUGUUAAGACUUCCAGCUUUGAGAUCUAUUGGACUUAAAUGCCUGGAGCACCUUUUCUUCUUCAAGCUCAUUGGAGACACCCCCAUUGAUACAUUCCUUAUGGAGAUGCUAGAAACACCUCACCAGAUCUCAUGAUGAUUGGGAUUCAUACCUCAGUCUACAAGGACCUGUAACAAAGCUUUGCAUACAUUGGUUAUCCCUGCAAGCAAAUUGCUCCAUCUCCAGGUUAGCAGUGGAAAUGAUACAGGUUAUGUACCACAGUGAUGUGACAGUGGUCUUGCCUAUGUUUGUCUUGGCACACCACAGACAUUGCAGUUGUGUCAUAUUCAAUAGCUGUAUCCUGGUCACCUGCAUUGUGCAGAAAGUAGGAGCUAGUGCGGAGGGUUAAAGCCAUUGCAUUCAAACACCCAUGUUUUUUCACUGCUUGAGUUGUAACAGCAAAUUUGUGUAUCAAAGCUGCAAUACUGUUAGGCUCAUGGCACAUGGGAUGUAUUUUUAACUGGUAUUUUGCAGCCAGUGAAGAAGAGCCAGAACCUGGCUUGUAAAGAGAGAAGAUUAAUGAUCUAAAAUCUAUUUAUCAGUUGGGAUGCUUUCGGAAAACAUUAACCAGCCUCGGCUAAGAGAGAGAACUUUUUUGACCUUUAUUUUAUUUUCUGAAUGGUAUUGCUGGACGUUCUAUGGAUUGCAUUUUAAUAUGCGACAGUCUCCCAGUGGAUACAAACUUAUCUUGUUAUGUAUUGUUCAGUGGCUUUUUUACAAAUGUAAUUUUAAAAAUGUAACAUAUACACAUGUAAAGAUUUGUAUUUCCCUGUAAAGCCCUGCACAUAUGGUUAAAUACAUGGUUAUCAGAAAAGGAAACCUAAAGGAGGGGACAAAACAUCUGUAUGGGAGACUCUAAUGACUUUUAAGAAAGAGAAUCAGUGAAUACAGCUCAUUAUAGAACGCUGCAUAUUUAACAUUCAAUCCUGUAAUAGCUCAUUGAGAUGGUAUUUAAAGCAUUUAAAUAAUUAUCUAUUAAACCAGUCAUAAGUU